AUGGACUCCAGCCGGAACCUAUUCGAAGCCGCGUUAAAUCCUAGCACUUGUGAUAGGAGCAGUGCUCCUACAGGCAGCCCUACAUUGGAGAGAUAUUUCCCAGAAGACCCCUUCAGCGGCGGGGCCCUCAUGGCCGUGUUCGACGGAAAGGGGUUGCUCUACAGGAAAGAUACUUAUUUUCAAGCUAAAUUGACGACGGCGGAGAGAGUAUUGUAUGAGGGCCAAGACGUAUACCUCCUUAGUUUUGAGUUGAACUUUAUGAGAUCCUUCUCCCCACAGUAUCGAUUCCGAGGCGCCGACAUCAAUAUUACUUUCCAGAAAGACAAGUCUUCGGACUCGGAGCCUUCAAUUACACAAAUUUUCCCUUCCAUAAUCGCGGUUGAUGUUGGCGGGCGCAACGUUCAAGACACCGCCGAGCUUACCGCCGGUGCUGGAGCAUCAGCUGGACCUGGGCAAAUUAAUGCAAGUGCGAAGCAGAUACACAACGACAAAACGACCUUUGAGGGAAGAAGAAAGUUUCUUGGCCUAAUGAAAGGAGAUAAUACGGCGUCCUGGAGACUCUACGAGGAGCCUGGAAGUCAAAGUGGGAUACCCGCAGUUUUCAGGCUUGUCACUCUUGUUCGGUGCCUUAAAGGAGGGUUCAAAGUUCAACUGGAAGCAUCCGUUAGGAUGGCGGGGGGGCCUAAGCUCUUGGGCCUCCACAAGCUCUUCUUCGACUCUACCUUCAAAGCACGUUCAUAUACACACACCAUCUCGGCUCAGCCUAUUCCCUUUGACUGGCGCAAAUUAUAUGAAGAAGCCAAAAAUCUAUCCCCAGAUAACGAAGCUGACAGGGAGGCUUGGAAUAGGGAUAUCAGCGAAUUUUUUCUUGAAUCUGAAGCUGCCAUUGGCCUUACCAGUAAGCAGAUGAAGGUCUUGGUGGGAUUUCGCGAUGAUUUUGGAGGAGUAGGCGGGGGAGUUCGAAAAAUGAAAGCAACGGCCCUGGCUAGACUGAAAGAGGAUUUGGCUGGUGAGGACGAGUCUAAGAAAUUUAUACAGAGGCUCAAGGAUAGGAUGGGUAUAUCCGUUCCAGACAAGCAAAACGUCUCCUUUGAGACUGCAACGGAAAUCGCAGGAGAGAACGAUGCUUCCGAUUUGCCCCCUGCCAACCCGCAAGUUGACAUUUCCGGUCUGACUGAAAUUCCGAAAAGCGAUGCGAACAUAUUUAGACCCUUCAAAGUUGAAACCCCAGAAGUUGGCCUACCAUAUAGAGCAACUCCAUUUGGGACUUCUCCGGCACCUCCACCAGGUCCUGUGUCGGCGUCAGGCCCUGAGACGCCUAGCACCAAAGCCACGGAUUAA